GUUUUAACGGCUUCAGUCAUUCAAGUAGUGCAGUCGGUGUGUGUGUAGCUACGCGAUCACUUGGAGCUCCGGAUCCGGAUCCGUGUCCUGGACUGGACUGGACUGGACCCGACCCGUGUUAAACUCGAAUUUCCACUCCAUGUUUCGCACACUGCUGGACUGAAGAGAAGCAAUCGACUUACUCACAGAUAUAUGACAGACUCACAGAGACAAACCGCCGACAUUAAGCAGCACCAGAACUUGGAUGGAAUUUGACUCAGGGCGGAACGAACUGGGAGCGAUGGGGGAACCUUUGCAGCCGGCGACGCCGAGCCGCCACGAGAAAAGCCUCGGACUAUUAACCACCAAGUUUGUUACCCUGCUGCAGGAGGCGAAGGAUGGAGUGCUGGACCUCAAAGCCGCUGCAGAUACACUGGCUGUACGGCAGAAGCGGCGAAUCUAUGAUAUCACUAAUGUUCUAGAGGGCAUUGGACUGAUAGAAAAGAAAUCAAAGAACAGCAUUCAGUGGAAAGGUGUUGGUCCUGGCUGUAACACACGAGAGAUUGCUGAUAAAUUGAUAGAUCUGAAGCUGGAGUUGGAGGAUCUGGACAGGCGAGAACAUGAGCUGGACCAGCAGAGGGUCUGGGUUCAACAGAGCAUCAAAAAUGUGACUGAUGACUCUCUGAACUGCCCAUAUCCUUUCCAAACCAUGCAAUAUACUCUGGCCUAUGUAACACAUCAAGAUCUCUGCAAUUGCUUUAAAGGCGACACUCUACUAGCAAUCCGAGCACCUUCUGGUACACAGUUGGAAGUGCCAAUUCCAGAGUGUGUUGUUAACGGGCAAAAGAAGUACCAGAUCCAUUUAAAAAGUUCCUCUGGCCCUAUUGAGGUUCUCCUGGUAAAUAAAGAUCCCUCCAGCAAAUCUCCAGUAGUUUUACCUGUUCCUCCUCCAGAAAACAUGCUUCAGAGCCUUCCUGCCUCUGCUGCCUGUGGUACCUCCACCACCAAGCCAGCAGACAACAGUACUGCAUCUGCAGCCCCUACCAGCCAGAGUUCUGCCAAUGCAGCUACUGCCACAACGGCUGCACCUACCACAGUUGCAUCCAGCAACACCACCUUAAAGACACCAGUCAUGCCCAUUUCCUCAGAGGACCGGCAGCAGCUCCAAUCUUCUGCCUUACUGGACAGCAGCUCCUCACUUCCAGAAUCCUCAGCGCUAUUUGAGCCAAUCAAAACAGACCCCUCAGAGUUGUUGGACUUCCCUAAAGAACUUUCAGAAAUGUUUGACCCUACAAAAGAAAUCAUGAAUACAGAUCUGCUGGAGGAGCUCAUGUCUUCAGAAGUUUUCUCUCCACUCCUUCGCCUCUCUCCUCCUCCUGGUGACCAUGACUACAUCUAUAAUCUGGACGAGACAGAAGGCCUAUGUGACCUUUUUGAUGUUCCCAUUGCUAACCUUUGACCUGAUGAUAGUAGUAUACUUGUUUAAGAAAAAAAAGUAUUUUUUUAAACAUUUUCAGAGAUAAUGUGUGUGGCUCUGUCUCUGGUUUGUGUAAAUAAGCUGAGUUUCGUAUGUAUAUAGAGUUGUGGUGGUGGUGGUGGUGUUUUUGUUUUUUUAGUAGUAUAUUAAAGUAGUUCUAUAUUCACCACCUAAAAACAAUGAUCUAAAUAGUGGCACAUGUUUCCCUUCUUUAUGGUUCUCCAUACUGCUAAAACUUUCAUGAAGUCAGCACCUCUUUAGUGUGAACCUGUCAUUUUCACCUAGAACAUCCAGACAGCUGUACUUUCUAAAAUUUUUAACUAAUUGUUAGUACAUGGAACAGAGUUCUUUGCCCUGUUUGAGCAGAACAUUGUUUUGUUACUUUUCUUUUUUCCAAAGUGUUUUGAAAAAUGGUGUUGACCACCUUAAUUGUUUUGCUCUGUUCUUUAUAUUAUAAAUGGAAUAACAGUUGUCGUUUUAUUUUUGACAAGAAUUUACGAAAAACAUGAAACAGAUUUUUUUAUUAUUAUUUUGGAGGUGGACAUCCCUUUCCAUGUUCUCCAGGAUUUCCCUGUAUUUUGCUACAUAUACUUUACCGUUACAAGCCUUCUAGGCUCUGUUUUCAAAAAGAAUUCCUGCUGCAGGAUUCUGCUACCACUGAGCAUCACUGUGGGGAUGGGCUGUUAGUGGCUGUUUUGGUCUCAUCAGAUCAAAUAACUUCUUCCAUUUGACUUGGGAUUCACCCACAUUUUUUAAAACAAAAUGUAGGUGAGAUUUAUAAACUUUUCCAUAAAUUAUUGACUGGUGAACAAACUGGCAACAUUUGUGAAAUGCAGUGUCUCUCCCAUCUUAGCUGCUGGGGCUUUUAUGUAAUUCAGAGUGGUCCAUCCCCUGGCUUCAGUUGCCGUUUUUGAGUUAUGUGAAUUUUUUUUUCUUAUUCUUCUUCCACUCCCCACCUCCUUUAUGGUAUUCUUCAUCUUCAUUGCACACAGGUGAUCUCCAUUUUCAUUAAUUGUUAGAAUACUAGCACCAGGUUUUUGGACCUUUUAUAAAUUAGGUUAGUCUCAUAAUGCAUGAAAUCUUUUUACACAUUUUAUAAUAAACUAUACUUUUUCACUUUGUCAUUUAAAAAAGUAUUUUUGUAAACCCUUGUCAAAACCAAAAAAUAUUGUUCAUGAUUCCAUUUAUAAAAACAAUGAACAGGGGAAAGUAAAAGGAAAAGAAUACUUGUAAUGGGAUCUAUAUAAUAUAGGAACACCAGUAUCUUUAAAAAAAAGUUUUGGGUGAAGUUUUCUUAGGCACUUAUUGUACUACAUCUGUGAAAGGAAAGUUAAAAUAAACGAAGUUGGUUGAUAAAGAAACCUACUAUACUAAGUGCACAUUUCUGCAUAAUUGAAUACGUAAGAUGUAAACAGUUCAUGUACAGUAGGUAUGGUGUGAAAUGGUCAUAGUAGAAAACUAAAGGUUUUGGAUCAAAUCCUUUAAAUCAAAGAUACAAUUUGUCAAGUCAAAUUGUGUUCUUUAAAAUGUCUUUCAUUAUAGUCACUAUUGUGAACAACUCUGCCUUAGUAGGUUUCUUUAUACUGGGACUUUUCACAACAGACCACUCUGAAUGACCCAACCAUUUAAUUAUGCCAAAAUUCUGAGCUUUAAAAUUGUUUGCUUGGAGUUUAUUUGUAUAUUAGCAUGUGAUCUGAUAUUCGCUUGUUAAGAGAAAAAUAUCAUGGAUUUCUGCAAAAGUUGUAAUAAUGUAAUGUUUUGGACAGAUAUGCAGAUGAUUACAGGUAUCCUCCCACAAGAUGGCGUAAAAUGCUCGAUUUGACCAAUUGCUUGCCAUUAAGGCUGUCUGUCGGCCAUUCCAUGCCUAACUGCAUCUCCUUUUGUAUGCAGGAUAGAGGCAGCCCAACAGGCACCUUUCAGUUCUGCUAUAGACAUAUAUGAACCCAAUAAACAUAUAAUUUUGCUCUAAUAUUGUAAUCAUUGACAUAUCAUUACAUUUAUACACAUAACAUUUUGUUUGAUUCCAACAACUCUUCCUCUGUACUGUGCAGUUUCCUCUUCUGUGCAAAGGUUUUAGGCACCCAUGACACCUUUAAAAGGCUUCUUAUCUGUGCAGAAUUGGUCAGUUACCCUGACGAAGUUUAAGCCUGUUUGCAGACUGUAUGUUCCCUUUAGGGGAAAAUUUCCAUUUCCAUUUUCCAUUUCCAUUUUCUUUGUGAAUGUUGCUUUGUUCACCUCAAAAGAUAUUGACUGUUUUUUCAGAUGCAAUUGUAGGUGCCUAAAAUAUCUACACAGUACUCUGUACUACAUAUUUUUUGGUAACACUUUCGGAUAAGGGUACAUGAAAUGGCAUGAAUUCAAGCCGUAAUUCAUGAGUUAGUAAUUAUUAAUUCAUGCACAUAAUACAUCAUGAGUCAUCAUGAGUAUACAUGAAGUAAGCAUGUCUCAUACAUGUGUUAGUUCAUGUAUUAAUUAAGGUACAAAUGUCAUUUACUGGCAUGAGUUUUUAUUGAUGUUCAUGCAGGUCUUUAUGGGAGUCAGGGAAAUUGAGGUAAAAACCAAAGGGUCAGCCCACACCUCAAAAACAUAAUUCAGCAUUACUUACGAGUUUAUGAUGUUGUGGCCCUCAAACUAAAGUGGUACAGUGUUCAUUCUGUAAUACUGGUGAUGUUAAUGAUAAAAAACAGAGGAACCAUGGGUUAAGCAAACAUUCUUUAUUGUUUUGAAUCUUAACAGUGUACAUGGAUGAAUUGGCAUCACAUAGCAAAGCUUUAAAUAAAAUAAUUAAAAAAAAUAAGGUAACCCUUUCAAUUACAGUCCCCUAAGUUCUAAGUAUUACCCAGGUAAUUGUGAGGUACAACCUUAAGUACAAGUAAUUAUUUUGGUUAACAACAAGAUAGUAAGUAUCAGGACAGUCUUGCCUAAUUGCACUGAAAUGUCUCACAGGUUCUAGAUAUUAAACAGGUACAUGGGAGGUACAAACUCCAAAGUACUAGGUAAUUAUUUGUUAACAAGAUGGUAAGAAAAAUAACAGUUCAACUUAAUGAUCUUUUCAUCGUUAUCACCAGUAUUGCAGAAUGAAUAUUGUACCACUUUACUUUGAGGGCCACAACAUCAUGAACUCAUAAAGAAUUGUGCUUAAGUAAGGCUGAAUUAUGUUUUUUCUAUGAGGUGUGGGCUGACCCUUUGGUUUUUGUCCUCAAUUUUCCUGACUCGCAUGAAGAUCUGCAUAAACAUCAUUAAUAUUAGUAAAUGACAUCUGUACCUUUAAUUACUACAUGAACUAAUGCAUUAACACUUGUAUGAGACAUGCUUACUUCAUGUAUAUUCACGAUGACUCACAAUGUAUUAUGUGUAUGAAUUAAUUAUUACUCACUCAUAAAAUACUGCAUGAAUUCAUUUCAAGUUUUUUUUUUCUUUAGUUAGUCGGUUUGUAUGUUCCUUUUUGUGGGAUUUAUCUACACGGCCACUUAAGUGAAACACAGCAUGAAAUCUGACAGUGUGAAGUCCAAUUAAGAAAGGUAGGAACUAAACCCUCCUUCAAGUAUAAUUUUUUUUAUUUGUUUUUUCAAAAUAUAUAUCUGCUUUCUAAUCUAUUAUUUGAACUAUGACUCAAUGGAUAGCAGUAAUAUGAAAGGUAAAUACUUUAAUACAUUAACUUUUGUAUUCCACUGUCAUAAUACCUGCAUUUAAAGCUUUUACCUAUAAAGUUUUUACCUGUUUGUGUGUAUAUGUAUUUUAGCUUAAUGCAGCUAAAACAAUUUUAUGUUUGUGUACAAAUCUGUGUAAAGAAGAGAAUGUGUUAAAUCCAGGGUAUUGAGUAAUAGUUCAAACAUUAUCAUUUGUCACUUUGUUAAGCUUAGCAUGUAUUACCCCAGAUGAUAAAGCCUGUUACUGUCUGCGGAAGGAUAUUUCUAUGGUUAAAGCAUUUUACAAUUUAUUUUUCUAUUUCAUAUUUAGACAAAUGGUCUUAGUGUGGACUGAUAACAUUGCACUUUAUAACCGUAUCAUUCCUUUGUUUGCUUCUAUUCCAAACCUGUGUUUUUCUGUUUAAUUGCCAUCUACCAUGGUCAUUUGUCACAAGUCGAUCAGUAGCCUAACUGACUCACUGUCUUAGAAAAAUAAAUAUCUGUAUUUGUAAA